GGACCCGCAAGCGGUCACUUCCCCUCUGGGGGUUUCAGUUUCCUCAAGUGUCUGCUGAGCGGUGGGCUGGGCUGUCUCUACCAAAAUCCUCGGCUAGUGCUCACCCGCCCAAGCCCCCGCCCCUCUUUCGCCUCACGGCCCAGCGGCCCCUCCGCCCGCACCGCGCAGUCCGCGAGCCGGCGUCCGGGGACAAUCCUCGCCUUGUCUGGGGCGCCUGCAUCUAGAGUUUUCUGUAGCCUCCGGAUACGCCUUUUUUCCAGGGCGGAGCCCCGGCCCGGCCCCUCCUGGGUCGCACUGCAGCCCCGAUCGCCUUUCUAGAGCCACCUCGCUCCGUAGUUGGGAUCCAGGCACACAGCCGGAGCCCGUUGCCGGCCUGUGUGCGGUCUCAGCCAGCUCCCCGCGAUGGCCUCCUGGGGCCUGGGACUCCGGCUCCUGCUGUUGUUGCUGCUGCUGCUGCUACCACCACCUCCUGAGGCCGCGGCCGCGGCCGCGGCCUCGGCCUCGGACCGUCCCCGGGGUGGCCACCCAGUCAACCCAGAGAAGUUGCUGGUGAUCACCGUGGCCACAGCCGAGACCGAGGGGUACCGGCGUUUCCUGCAAUCAGCGGAGUUCUUCAACUACACAGUGCGGACCCUGGGCCUGGGAGAGGAGUGGCGAGGGGGUGAUGUAGCCCGAACUGUUGGUGGAGGACAGAAGGUCAGGUGGCUAAAGAAGGAAAUGGAGAAAUAUGCAGACCAGAAGGAUAUGGUCAUCAUGUUUGUGGACAGCUAUGAUGUGAUUUUGGCUGGCAGCCCCUCAGAGCUGCUGAAGAAGUUCGUUCAGAGUGGCAGCCGCCUGCUGUUCUCUGCCGAGAGCUUCUGCUGGCCUGAGUGGGGGCUGGCAGAGCAGUACCCUGAGGUGGGCACAGGGAAGCGCUUCCUCAACUCUGGUGGAUUCAUUGGCUUCGCUCCUACCAUCCACCAAAUUGUCCGCCAGUGGAAGUACAAGGACGACGAUGAUGAUCAGCUGUUCUACACUCGACUCUACCUGGACCCAGGACUGAGGGAGAAACUCAGCCUUAAUCUGGAUCAUAAAUCACGGAUCUUUCAGAACCUCAAUGGGGCGUUAGAUGAGGUGGUUUUAAAGUUUGAUCGGAAUCGUGUGCGUAUACGGAACGUGGCCUAUGAUACGCUUCCUGUGGUGGUGCAUGGAAACGGUCCCACCAAGCUACAGCUGAAUUACCUGGGAAACUAUGUCCCCAAUGGCUGGACUCCUGGGGGAGGCUGUGGGUUCUGUGACCAGGACCGGAGGACACUCCCGGGGGGGCAGCCUCCCCCCCGGGUGCUUCUGGCUGUGUUUGUAGAACAACCUACCCCAUUCCUGCCCCGCUUCCUGCAACGGCUGAUGCUCCUGGACUAUCCCCCUGACAGGAUCACCCUUUUCCUGCAUAACAACGAGGUGUACCACGAGCCCCACAUUGCAGACUCCUGGCCUCAGCUCCAGAACCACUUCUCAGCAGUGAAGCUGGUGGGACCAGAAGAGGCCCUGACUCCAGGCGAGGCCAGGGACAUGGCCAUGGACAGCUGUCGGCAGGACCCCGACUGUGAAUUCUACUUCAGCCUGGAUGCUGAUGCCGUCAUUACCAACCAGCAGGUCCUGCGCAUCCUCAUUGAAGAGAACAGGAAGGUCAUAGCACCCAUGCUGUCCCGCCACGGGAAGCUGUGGUCCAACUUCUGGGGAGCCCUGAGCCCCGAUGAGUACUACGCCCGCUCUGAGGACUAUGUGGAGUUAGUGCAGCGGAAGCGAGUGGGCGUGUGGAAUGUGCCCUACAUCUCCCAGGCAUAUGUGAUCCAAGGGGAGACUCUGAGGACAGAGCUGCCCCAGAGGGAGGUGUUUUCGGGCAGCGACACUGACCCGGACAUGGCCUUCUGUAAGAGCCUGCGGGAGAAGGGCAUCUUCCUCCACCUCAGCAAUCAGCACGAGUUUGGCCGACUCCUGGCCACUUCCCGUUAUGACACAGACCACCUGCAUCCUGACCUCUGGCAGAUCUUUGACAACCCCCUAGACUGGAAGGAGCAGUACAUUCAUGAGAACUACAGCCGGGCCCUUGAAGGGGAGGGACUCGUGGAACAGCCAUGCCCAGAUGUGUACUGGUUCCCUCUGCUGUCGGACCAAAUGUGCGAUGAGCUGGUGGAGGAGAUGGAGCACUACGGCCAAUGGUCAGGAGGCCGGCAUGAGGACUCCAGACUGGCUGGUGGCUACGAGAACGUGCCCACUGUGGACAUCCACAUGAAGCAGGUGGGCUAUGAGGACCAGUGGCUGCAGCUGCUGAGGACAUACGUGGGGCCCAUGACCGAGAAGCUAUUCCCAGGCUACCACACCAAGACCCGGGCAGUGAUGAACUUUGUGGUCCGCUACCGGCCAGAUGAACAGCCCUCUCUACGGCCACAUCAUGACUCAUCCACCUUUACUCUCAACGUUGCCCUUAACCACAAGGGCCUGGAUUAUGAGGGAGGUGGCUGCCGCUUCCUGCGCUAUGACUGUGUGGUCUCGGCCCCACGGAAGGGCUGGGGGCUCCUGCACCCUGGCCGUCUCACCCACUACCAUGAGGGGCUGCCCACCACGAGGGGCACUCGCUACAUCAUGGUGUCCUUUGUCGACCCCUGACGCUCAACCACUCUGCCAAACCUCUCCUACCACCGUGCCUUCUUGUGCCCUACUCCUCGGAGGGCGUCUGUCUGGCUCCUCGCUCACUGAGUGUGCGUCCGGUGUGUCUGGGACUGAAUGUCUCACCUCACUGUCUCCCACAACACACAGCUGUCUCAGGAAGCUCCCGGAGCCCCCUUGAGCCUCCCCUCAGCCCCCGAGGGUUCGUGGAGAAAGAGUUUCUGGGGAGGUUCCCCAUGUGAUAACUUAUUGUUUCUUAGCCUCACUCCCAAUAAAGGAGGAUUUGUAAUUCUUGA